GUGGGGGUCAUAAUUACCAAAAAUACUGUGCUGCUGUAAUACCACUGAGUCAUUCAUGUUCCUCAAGAUUUCUUAACUGACAGAUUUAACAUGUUGCUUAUUUUUACAAAAUGGAUACAAUUAAAACAUAUGUGUGCAAAUAGGAGAGUUAAUUAACUCAAAACCUUACACAAGAAGCUAUUACAUGUUGAAAACUCAAAAGAUAAGAAAUCAUUUUUUGGCAGUUCUGAACAAAUUUUGUGUGUGUGCAGCAGUAUUUAUCAUUCUUUUUCAAAAGAUGCAUUCGCAUUGAAAAUUUUACAACUAACACUUGGAUAGUAAAUGUGAAAUUUCACCAUGGAGAAAGAUCGUGAGGAAAAAACACCAAGUACUGAUCUGUCAGGGGAUUUUGACAUGAUUGUUAAUGAAAUUAACGAAUUUAUUAAUAUUUUAGAAGUGAGGGGCCAAGAACUAGAACAACAACAAGCUGAAGAAAAUCGUCAACAAUCCCAACAUCAAACUGAAUCAGAAGAAAGUGAAGAAUGUGACACUCCUCCUUUUCAGUCGGCUCGAAAUACUAUUAUACUUGUUGAAAACAACGAGGAACCAAUAUAUGAAACAUGUCACAAUGAGCAAGAGAACCCUUAUGAAGCUAUCCCAGCAUUAGCUCACUUAGCAACAGUUACAGCAUCAACAAGUUCUCCUGCUAAAAGUCAAAAGCCAGAGUUAAAACCAAAGCCAAAACAUUUACUAAAAAUGGUAGAGCCAAGCUCACAGAACCCUAAAAGGGUCAAGGCACUACAUAACUUCUCUGGAUCAAAUAAUGAUGAGCUAUGUUUCAACAAAGGGGACAUCAUAACAGUGACACAGAUGGUUGAAGGAGGUUGGUGGGAAGGUACACUGAAUGGUAAAACUGGAUGGUUUCCUAACAACUAUACCAAAGAAAUUAAAUCUGAUAUUGCCAACAGAUCUUCAAUAACUAAAGGGCCAGACAUGGGAGUAUAUAAGAGAGAAAGUACACAGUUAUACCACAAUGUUGUUUUUCAGAAUCUGAUAGAAACAGAGAAAACCCAUGUACAGGAAAUGACAAUGGUACUACAGAACUACAUACAUCCUUUACAGAAUUCUGGCAUAUUAACUCCUGUGGAGUACACUAAACUAGUAGGAAAUUUAGAUGACAUAUUAGCAUUCCAAAACAAUUUUCUAUCUUCAAUAGAAGACUGUAUGAAACAAUUACCUCAUUUAAGAAGAAUUGGUGGUGUUUUUAUGAAACAUGCUCCAAGAUUAAAAGAAUUAUAUUUAGAAUAUUGUUCCAAUCAUCCUAGAGCUGUAGCUAUUGUUCAGAGUAAAAGAGAUGAAUUAAAUAAAUAUAUGGAGCAGGAUGGUGCUCCGCCUGGUGCUAUGAUCUUAACCACAAAUUUAUAUAAACCUUUCACACGACUAGAUAAAUAUCCCAGCCUUCUCAAAGAAUUAGAGAGACACAUAGAGGAAAGUCAUGUAGACAGAGGGGAUACCCAGAGAGCUAUAGCUAUUUAUAGAGACGUAUCAAAUGCUUGUAUGGAAAUAAGAAAAGUGAAAGAAAUGGAAUAUGAAAUAUUAACUAGUGCAAUUAAAGGUUGGGAAGGGGAGGAGAUGUCAAAGUUUGGUGAAGUACUACAUUUAUCCCAAGUUCAUGUAUUCACAUCUUCUGGAGAAAAGUAUGACAGAAUAUUUGUUUUAUUUCCUAACAUGCUGGUCAUGUUAUCAAUGAGUCCAAGAUUAAGUGGUUAUACUUAUGAGGGACAAAUUCCACUCAGUGGUCUAAAUGUAAGCACAUGUGAUGAUGAGGAAAAUUUUCCAAAUAGUUUUGAAAUUUCAGGGAACAUGAUAGAGAAAAUUACAGUAACAUGUGGAACUAAUACUGAAGUAAAAGCAUGGUUAGACCAUUUAAAACAGCAGGCUAACUAUACCUCAGGGACAACCAAACCACAAAGUCUUCAAGUAUGUCUAAACACCUUACAGGAACAGAUGAAGCUCUUAAAAAACGGGGGAUCAAUGGAGACUAGUAGUGGUCAAAAUAAACCUGAAAAUCAAAAAAUCUCAACUUCACAACCUAGUAUUAGUUUGUUAACGAAGGCAAAAACUGCCAUGGUAACACAUUCCACAUGGUCAAUGUCAUGUCUACGACCUUCACCACCUCUCAGACAGAUUCCAUAUAAUAAAGAAGAUGGCAUCAGAAGUCCAAGAAUGGGCAGAAAACCAGUCCGACGAAAACCAGUGAGAACACAUUCUCAGGAUGAGUAUGACUUUAAAUCCAGAUGGCGACAGUAUGACCCUAGAACAAUGGAAGAAGAUUCCUUAAUUUUACGAGUGAUAGAAGCUUAUUGUACCAGUGCUAAGACGAGGAAUACAGUUAAUUCAUCUGUAACUAAAGAAAGGUUCACUCUUGUGAGGCCAUUACCUAAACCAAAUCUUACUCCUAUCAAAGAGACAGGUUCACAAGACACAGUUUUGCAAGUGCCUUUGAAGGAAGUGAUCAACAUAGUUAAGCCUAUGCCAACAGAUAGAUAUGUUCGACGAGAUGUUGGUACUCAAGCUAUACUGAUGAAUCCUCAUGUGUUGAUAGCUGAAGAAGAAAAGAUAAUAGUGGACGAUGGAGGGGACCCAACCAUGUUACAAGAAAAGUCACUUGUGGAUACAGUUUACUCAUUAAAAGAUCAGGUCAAAGCUUUAGAAACAGAACAUAAGAGAAUGAAGAGAGAUUUAGAAGAAGAAACAAAAGCUAGAAAAAGAUUAGAGACUAACAUGAAAAAGUUUAUUAAAACUAGAACAGAUAUGCUGGAUGAAAAUCUUAUGUGAUCUCACUUGAUUAAAACAUUACAUAUGUCUCACUAUGUUAACAUUUGAAAGGGGCCAGGAUUUUCAUGAAUAUUUUAUAAAAUUUUCAGAACAGAAAAAUCAAUUUGUAUUUUAUAAAUACUUGAUCAUAUGAAAGAAAAUAUGUUUUUGCAAACCUCUUUAUAAAAAUAGUUGCUAUAAAACUGGUCUGCAAGAUAAAUAAUAUGUUGCAAAAGUUGCCAACAGAACCAAUUUCGAGUGUUGCAUAACAAAGAGCUUAGAUUAAGGAACUGGCCUUGAAAAUGCUAUACAGAUAAUAGAAUGAUCUGUCAUUUUAACAAGGCAUCUCAUCUAGAAUAGUAGCUACACUUAUGUUAUAAUUUUAUUUUGUUUGGUAUGAACAAUUGAAGAAAAAGUAUGAAUUUCUUAUGAAAGGAAACAGUCAGAUGUAAUAAGAUAGUAUAUUGAAUUUGUGAAUAUGAAAUUGUUUCUAAAACCAUUACUUAGAGUGCUUGUAGUUGAGGAAUGACUAUUUGAUCAGGAGAAAAAUCUACUAGGGAAAUUGAGAUAUACAAUUUUUGUUGUAAAACCUUAUUACUAAUAUGAAAGUCUUUGUCCUACCUAAUACAAUUUAUGUUAUUUGUUAAGUUUGUUUUCUGUGCUAUUUGUAUAUAUGAUCUUGUCCUGCAUAAUAUUUUGUUAUAUUGUUUAUUAUAUAGAAAAGAUUUGGAUAUAGUGAUACAGCUAAAUCAAAAUAGCUAUCUAGUCCUAUUUACACAAUACUGGCUUGCUUAGGCAGAUACAUACAUGCUUUAGACAAGCUUUGAGAGAGCUAUCUUCAUCUACAAUUAUGGUCUUGUUGGAUAGUUGUCUCAUUGGCAAUUACAUCUCAUCUCUAUUGAGCUAUCAGGGCUAUCACAAAGUAAACAAAAUACUUACAUAUUUUAAACAUUGAAAAACAAGCUAUUUUGCAUUGAAAACCCCCUUAUUUUAAACAGACUAACACAACAAAGUCUUUUCCUCUCAAAGUAAAUUAAAUUAAAAUCUUGUACAUUAACCAUUUUUUUGUGUGCAAAAUUUUUGUAAAAAUAAUUGUUUGCUAUAUCUUUAGUGGAUUUUAUCAGGUUAAAAAGUGUUUUGCUAUACAUUUAAAUUGUUCUCAGGUCAGUUUCAGCCUUUUGAUGAAGUAUUGAUACUUUAUUUGAAAAAGAAAUUCAAGAAAGGAUGCCCUACAAUAACUAGUAUUUCAAAGUUUAUCUUGAGAAUGAAUUAUUUAUCUUAUAUAUGACUGGUAAUAUAUGAUAUGUUUGCCAAGAUUUAUAACAUUGUGAUACUUGGAUUUAUAUUAUAAAAAUAAAAACUAAUCACUUGUU